GGAGUAGCGUCUUAAUCUUCGCGCAUGACCCGGGAUAGCCCUAAUUCAUACAGAUAUAUAUCUUCACCAUGCACCUCAACACUCUCGCCCCUUUCUUGUUCUCAUUCUACACCAUACUGCUAGUCUCUGCUCAGUUCCCAUCUACUCCCUCUCUUCAGCCUCUCUCCUCUUACCCAGGCUGUCCCCCAGACGGGCCCCUCCUCCCUCGACCCUCCAAUCUCGCUCAAUCCACGCCCGUCCAAGCAGCAGGCAAGAACCUCACCGCGUCUCUCGACGCCGCCCUCGCCGGCACCAUCAAGGCCGGCUGGAAUAUAGACAACGUCUCCUUCUCCCUGGUCGUGGUCUCGCCGUACGGGACAGGAUCAGACAGCCGUCCGAUCUGGGAAUACCACCACCGCGCGAGGAACAACACGCAGGGCGCCGACGCCGUGACCGGCGACACGCAGUACCUGAUCGGCUCGGUGUCGAAGGUCUUCUCGGCCCUCGUGCUGCUCAAGUCCGGCGUGGACGUGCAGUCGCGCGUGACGGACUUCUUUCCGGAGCUGAAAAACUCGCGCAUCCAGUGGGAGGAGAUCUCGCUGGAUGCGCUGGUCGAGCAUGGCGCGGGGAUUCCGCCGAAUUUUGUCUACGAAUUCUACUUCCUUCAGCCGGUCCACGAGAGCCUGGGUUUCCCUCAUCUGAAUGCAUCGCAGUAUCCCAAAUGCGGCGUGACGGGGCUACAUGACUCCUGCUCGAGACAACAGAUUCUCCAGGGUCUGCAGACCAUGGACCCAGUGGUGCCUGUGCACUCGAAGCCGGUCUACUCGCAGCUCUCGUUUCUGCUCUUCUCGCUGUGCCUGGAGCAAGCCACCGGCAAGAACUACACACAACUACUACACGAGACCGUCAUCUCCCCUCUGAAUCUAUCCAGCACCGGCGUGUCCCCGGGCGACUCCAACAACGCCGUGAUUCCAGAGGGCAUGUCAUCGUGGGGAUCCGACUAUGGGGAUAACGCACCAGGCGGCGGGCUAUACUCCUCCCCAAACGACCUCAGCACCCUCCUCGCCCACAUCCUCAACCACACCAUCCUCCCCCAUGCGUCAGACGUACGCAAAUGGCUCAAACCGUCCUCGAUGGCCAGCUCGCCCGGCACCCUAAUCGGCAAGCCGUGGGAGAUCCAGCGCACGACACACCUGACGCCAGCGCACCCGCACACCGUCGACAUCUACGGCAAAUCGGGCGGCGCGGCCGGCUACGUCACGCAGAUCGGGGUGAUCGAUCAGUACGGCGUCGGCGUGGUCGUCAUGACGGCGGGGCCCGUCGACUCGGUGAAUAUCCUGUACCCGGCCGUGCUGGGGACGUUCAUGCCUGCUAUCGAGGAGGAGGCGAGGGGUCAGGCGCGCAAGUAUACAGGGGAGUGGAGCACCACUCUCACCACCACCACUACCAACACUACUCCCAACAGCAACCCAAGCACCCACGCGAAUAAUCCCGCCCAGGACGAGGCCGAAAGCGAUCGAAUCCAGCUGACGCUGACGCAAGACGCCAAAGGGGGUCUGAAUAUCACCCGGCUGACGCGCAACGGGACCUCGAUCACCACGGCGCUGCAGAGCAUCUUCCGCACGGCGUACACGGCCCUGGGGUUUGGGAUCCUGGGCGCCGAGUUCCGCGCGUAUCCGUCGGAGCUGGAACGGGCGGUUCCCGCCGAGGAGGUGGUGGCGUUAUUGACGCAGGCCGGGGCGGACACGGGGCGACGGAACGGCACGAAUACGCGUCUCGUGCGACAGGAGUGGCGGGUGAAUCUGGACGUGGUGCCGCUGGACGGGGCGGCGGUGUCGGAUCUGCCGGGGCAGGGGAGUUUGGAUGCGUAUUGUGCGUCGUGGCAGGUGGUGGAUUGGAUGCGGUAUGGCGGGGAGGCGAUGGAUAAGGUGGUGUUUGUGGUGGAUGAGCAGAGGGAUGUGUUGGGCGUGGAGAUCCCAGCGCUGAGGGGAGAUUUGUUGGUGAGAUCUUGAGGGAGCAGAUAGAACUAGACUGUACGA